UAAGGUUUGACAGGGCUAUAUAAGAGGCUGCAGGCAGGAGAGACAGACAGACACUGACCAUCACAGCAGAAGACUAGUGGACUUAACUCCAGUUACCCACAGUGAUCCAACUACUUCACAUCAAGGGGAAGAAUGGGACUUCACAGCGUUGAGGAACUGGUGUCCAGUAAGAGGUCAGAGAGCAAAGAGCCGGAUGACUUCCAAGGGGGCGUGUACGAGGCGGCUGUCAAUCAAGAGAAGCAGGAUGACCGCAGGUCCCACAGGGAGCUGGUGGGCGGAGAUCCAUCAGAGGAGAGCGACAGUGGCAGUGAACAGGAAGAAGUCAGCGUGGCAGCUCUCAAUACGGAUAACAGCGGCAGGCUGAAACUGGAGACGGUGGAUGACCUGUUCAACAUCUUGCAGCUGAGGAAGAGGAGAAGGGAGAGGAAGAUUCCCAUCCACAAGAAACAGCAGCCACAGCCUGAAACCGUGCCAGAGACUGUGGAUGAGCAGCUGUUUCUGACAGCAGCUAUGGAGAACAAACUGCCCGUGGUGGAGAAGUACCUGAGUGAUGGAGGAAACCCAAAUGCAUCUGACCACUUCCAGAGAACAGCUCUUCACAAAGCCUCAUUCAAAGGACAUGUGGAGGUCAUGAAAAGACUCCUGGAGGCCGGAGCUGCCAUCGAGAAGAAAGACAAGCUGGAGGCCACGGCAGUUCACUGGGCCUGCAGAGGAGGCAGUCUGCCCGCCCUGCAGCUCCUACUCGACCAGGGAGCCAAGUUCACCUACAGAGACAAGCUGCAGAGCACUCCUCUCCAUGUUGCUGUGAGGACAGGACAUUGUGAGUGUGCUGAGCAUCUCAUUCACUGUGGAGCAGACGUCAACGCCAAAGACAGAGACGGAGACACGCCCAUGCACGAUGCUGUGAGAAUAAACAGAUUCAAGAUGAUCAAGCUGUUGAUGAUGUACGGGGCCAGUCUCAACACCAAGAACUGUGAUGGAAAAACUCCCAUGGAGACGCUGUAUUCAUGGCAGAAUGGAGCCAAGAGCCUCCUGUUUAACUUCAGCCAGGACAAGCCCAACCAGUAGAACCCAACACAUUCCAGUAAAAGCAGAAAUUCAACAAGAGAUUCAGUCACAGGAUCUGCUGGAUUGUCAGGAAAACAAAAUAAUAGAAAUGGGAAAAAUCUUGCAUUUUUCUUGCCCAUUCUAGUCUUUUCUAUACUGCGGUUCAUGAAGUCUUUUUUCAUGUCUUUUUAUGCAGAGAGGCUUAUUGAACCCCUCAGGAAAAUAACUUUUAAUAAUCUAAAGAUGGCUCAGGGUGCAGAUGAAGGUAACUUAACUCAUAGGCCUUUUUCAACCUAUAGGAACCGGCUCUGUCUCGGUUCCUGCACAUCAUUUUCAGAACAUUUAGACCAAAAAUAAAUUGGUUCGGAACCUGAAAAGUUUGUUCCCAACUGGAACCAAAAAAUAGCUGGUUUUCCUUUGGAACCGAAGUGUCAUAUUCUAGAGGUUGUUGUGCAUUGUGCAGAGCCCCUCUGUUGAUGAUCCAUCCGAUUGCAGUUCCACACAACUGGUGGAAACACAGGCUGGAUCGCUAGAUAGAACCAAGGUUCAAAGAAUCUUAACAGAACCAGUUUGACAAGAGCUAAUUUGGUAGAAAAAGCAUUUAUCAUUACCUGUCCUUACCUGACUGCACCUCGCCUUACCUGUUCAGGGAUUUGAAAUGGCAUCCUUCCACGCUUUUGGCAAGGUUACAUUUUCUCAUAUGAAACGUUAAUAAUACACACAUCUUGUGUGUAGUCACAUGAGAGAAGGCAUGGACUUCAGGGAGCUUUUGAUCAACAAUGUGAAAUCUAAUCAGGAUGUUGUUAAUAAAUGGGAUUAUUAGCACUGAUAGAUUCAUUGAUCGCCAAAUAUUGCUGGACAAUGUCUCGGCUGACAACAUGAAGAUUGUCUAUUUCUUAAUUUUUACUUUAAGCUGAGUUGAAGUCAGCGAUACUGCAUAGAGAAGAUGAUGUAUUUAUUGAUUUAUGACAAGUGUCAGCGAUUGAUUUGUCGGGUUUGAUUGUUUUUUUUUCAAUACCAUACACUUAAUAACUGAGUGAGUGUCUAGACUUAUACUAUAGUUGGUUUAAUGUUUUUUUUAUGGUCAGAUUUUAACCAAUUAUAUCAACUGUAUUAUUAUCAAUGACUAACUAAUGGAAACAACUAGGAGAUGCUGCUUUUUUUUUGCUUUGCUGGUUUUUUACAUAUGUACAUUACCUGGUUCACACGUUCCUCUCAGUCCCAGUGGAUGAACAGUCUGUUGAUCAAUUCCACUGUGAACCUAAAGUUAUUUAUUUGUGUAAAAUUUCUCCAGCUCAGUGUGAAAAGUUAGCCUCCUCUUGCAGGUAGAUGGUUUGUGUUGUUAUACUUAAACAUUCAGAUGAGUUAUUUGGUCUUAUGCAUUUUAAGACUGAGAAAUGAGACACGACUAAGUAGGUUUUUGGAUCAGGUUGAGAAGAAUCUCUUCACUUGCAUUUCUUCUAAUGAUGGUGGUGAUCUGUAGAUUUACACUUAUUCUGCCAUGUUUUUUUUAAGUUUCUACAUUAGCAGCGACAUGCUUUUACAGCUGAGCAAGCAGUCUUGUUCGGAUUUUCCCAGUUCCUAUACUGAAGCUUAAUUUGAGCAUUUGGGGUCGGUUGCACCAACAAGCAAGUUCUCGACAAUUUCUGGCAUAAGCGAACGCAGACUUCACAGGCUAUAAGCAGCCAUUAACUGCCGGGAUUUAGUGAUGUUUUUUUUAGGUAUUUACAGGGCCAAAAAUCAGUCUUUUCCUGCAGUGUAUUAGUCUAAGUCAGUCGUAACUGGGUCUUAAGUCUGACCUAAUAGUUACGCUGGUUGCACCAUCUCAGCUUAGGCCUUCUGCUUGCUGAGACUGGGCAUAAAUCUUAUGCCUCAUCAGGAGAAGGCGUAAAGUCAAAAUCUGUUUAUAAAUCACUGCAUAUUGAAAUUUUUAGUGGAGCAACGCAUCCCCGGGUCCCAAACAACUUAUCAAAAGUCACCUCAUCAAAGACAAAGAGCAAAAAGAGCUAUAAAUUGCCUAAGCUCUGCCACAGUAUGACCCCGAUAUCCCAGCUGCUGUUCCCUUUUGUUGCAGUGAAUAUAUUUUGGGGAAUGUGGUUCCUUUUCUCUACAGAGUUCUAGUUGGGCUUAAACACACAUAAAGGAGUGUGAGAGGGGAGAAGCUGAAAAGUUAUUGUUGGUUCAGAGGAUGUUUGACAAGUUUGUAUGCGGAUAAAACAGGUCUUGAUAUAUGAAUGAUAAUCAGAUUUAUUUUUUAUUGUUAAAGAUGUAUGUACAUUUUGACUUCUAUUUAUGGAUUGAUUAAAUAAAACUGAUUUUGAAUUGAA